UUUUUUGAGAGAAAAUGGCAGGUGGUAAGAUGAAAAUAUGUUUUAGUAAGAUAUACAGUUUUUCGUGCAUGAAGUGUUCGUUUAAAGAGGAACAUGGUCAUAUUGGGAAGAGGGGUUUUUCAAGAAUUGUGUAUUGUAAUGAUCCUGAUAAUCCAGAACAGGUCCAGCUAAAUUAUAGGGGGAAUUAUGUUUCUACUACAAAGUACACAGCAAUUAAUUUCAUACCCAAAUCAUUGUUUGAACAAUUUAGAAGGGUUGCAAAUAUAUACUUUCUUGUAGUUGCUUGUGUUUCAUUUAGUCCUCUAGCUCCCUAUACAGCCAGCAGCAUUUUAGCACCUUUGCUGGUUGUGAUUGGGGCAACGAUGGCCAAAGAAGGGAUCGAAGAUUGGAGGCGCAAAAGGCAGGAUAUUGAAGCCAAUAACCGGAAAGUAAACGUAUACACUGAAAAUCAUACUUUCCAAGAGACUAGAUGGAAAAGUUUACGAGUUGGUGAUCUUAUUAAGGUGUACAAGGAUCAAUAUUUCCCCACUGAUUUGCUUUUGCUUUCAUCAAGCUACGAGGAUGGGAUAUGUUAUGUGGAAACCUCCAAUCUUGAUGGAGAGACUAACCUUAAGGUGAAGCAUGCACUAAAUAUCACAUCCUCCCUGCAAGACGAUGGUUCUUUUCAAAAUUUUAAAGGUGUUGUUAAGUGUGAAGAUCCAAAUGAAGAUCUUUAUACUUUCAUUGGAACUCUGUAUUAUGAUAAUCAGCAGAACCCUCUUUCAGUGCAGCAAAUACUUCUGCGAGGUUCCAAGCUACGCAAUACUGAUUAUGUUUAUGGUGUGGUUAUUUUUACUGGUCAUGACACAAAAGUCAUGCAGAAUUCUACAGAUCCUCCUUCUAAGAGGAGUGGAAUUGAGAAAAGGAUGGAUAAAAUAAUAUAUGUUCUUUUUGGUACCUUGAUUACAAUAGCUUUUAUUGGAUCUAUCUUUUUCGGGAUUGAAACUAAAAAUGACAUUUCUGGUGGGAAACUAAGGAGGUGGUAUCUUCGCCCAGACAAGACAAGUGUGUUUUAUGAUCCCAAAAGAGCUACACUGGCUGCAUUUUUCCAUUUCCUGACAGCCCUUAUGUUGUAUGGGUACUUGAUUCCUAUUUCGCUAUAUGUGUCUAUUGAAAUUGUGAAGGUUUUACAGAGCAUAUUCAUCAAUCAAGAUAGGGAGAUGUACUAUGAGGAAACAGAUAAGCCAGCUCAUGCAAGAACAUCUAAUCUGAAUGAGGAACUUGGUCAGGUUGACACAAUACUCUCAGACAAAACAGGCACCUUAACAUGCAACUCCAUGGAGUUUGUUAAAUGUUCAAUAGCAGGUGUUGCGUAUGGACGUGUUCUGACAGAGGUAGAGAGGGCCCUGGCAAAGCAAAAAAGAGAUGGAGAACAGGAAGUAGGUGAUACUUCCAAUGACGUGAAGGAAUCAACUGACCCUGCUGUUAACUCAGAGAAGUCUAUUAAAGGAUUCAACUUCAAAGAUGAGCGUAUAAUGAAUGGCCAAUGGGUCCAUGAGCCUAAUCGAGACAUGAUACAAAAGUUUUUUAGAGUGCUGGCGAUUUGUCAUACUGUUAUUCCUGACGUGAACAAAAAAACAGGUGAGAUCUCCUAUGAAGCAGAGUCACCAGAUGAAGCUGCCUUUGUCAUUGCAGCAAGGGAACUUGGGUUUCAGUUCUUUGAAAGAACACAAAACAGAAUUACACUGCAUGAAUUGGAUCAUCAGAGUGGCAAGAUGGUUGACAGAUCAUAUCAGCUCCUUCAUGUCUUAGAGUUCAGUAGCUCGCGGAAGAGAAUGUCUGUAAUUGUAAAAAAUGCUGAGAACCAGUUGUUGCUCCUCAGCAAAGGUGCAGACAGUGUGAUGUUCGAACAGCUUUCAAAAGAUGGGCGGGUCUUUGAGGGUAUAACAAGGGAACAUCUUAAACAAUAUGCUGAAGCAGGAUUGCGAACUCUUGUUGUAGCUUACCGUGAGCUUGAUAAGAAAGAGUUCCAAUCAUGGGAACAAGAGUUUUUGAAUGCCCAAGCUUCUGUAACAGCAGAUAGAGAUGCUUUGGUGGAUGCUGCUGCUCAGAAGAUUGAACGGGACUUAAUUCUCCUUGGUGUUACUGCUGUUGAGGACAAACUUCAAAAAGGGGUCCCUGAAUGCAUUGAUAAACUUGCAAAAGCUGGAAUUAAGAUUUGGGUCUUAACUGGUGAUAAGAUGGAAACGGCUAUCAAUAUUGGGUAUGCUUGUAGUUUAUUAAGACCAGAUAUGAGGCAAAUCAUAAUUACUUUAGAUUCUCAAGACAUAUUGGACUUGGAAAACCAAGGAAACAAGGAGACUAUAGCAAAGGCUUCACAUGAUAGCAUUACAAAGCAAAUACGUGAGGGAAUGUUACAAGUAAGCUCAAGCAGAGGAACUACUGCAUCAUUUGGUUUGGUCAUUGAUGGAAAAUCAUUGUCAUUUGCUCUUGACAAAAAACUAGAAAAAUCAUUCUUGGAGCUUGCAAUAAAUUGUGCAUCUGUUAUUUGCUGCCGGUCCACUCCUAAACAAAAAGCUCUUGUUACCAGACUGGUGAAAGUUGAAACACACCGAACUACAUUAGCAAUUGGGGAUGGGGCAAAUGAUGUAAGCAUGCUGCAAGAGGCUGAUGUUGGGGUUGGUAUCAGUGGUGUUGAAGGAAUGCAGGCUGUCAUGUCAAGUGAUUAUGCAAUAGCUCAAUUCCGUUUUCUUGAGCGCUUGUUAUUGGUCCAUGGCCACUGGUGCUACAGAAGAAUAUCGAUGAUGCUAUGCUACUUCUUUUACAAGAACAUCGCCUUUGGGUUGACCCUUUUCUGGUUCGAGGGCUUUGCUUCUUUCUCUGGCCGACCUGCUUAUAAUGACUGGUAUAUGUCAUUAUAUAAUGUGUUCUUCACAUCGCUUCCUGUGAUUGCUCUCGGUGUCUUUGAUCAGGAUGUUUCUGCCCACCUAUGUCUCGAGUUUCCUAAGCUCUAUGAAGAGGGAACGAAGAACAUUCUUUUCAGUUGGCGUCGCAUUUUAGGCUGGAUGUUGAACGGUGUUCUCUGUUCUAUGAUCAUCUUCUUUGGCACCACCAAUUCACUCGUGCAUCAAGUAUUCCGGAAAGAUGGUCAACCAGUUGACUACGGAGUCCUCGGAGUGAUGAUGUACACGUGUGUGGUGUGGACAGUCAAUUGUCAAAUGGCAAUCUCUAUCAACUACUUCACUUGGAUUCAGCACUUCUUCAUUUGGGGCAGCAUUGCCAUUUGGUACUUGUUUUUAGUUGUUUAUGGCUCUCUUUCGCCUAUAAUAUCUACAACCGCGUACAAAAUUCUUGUGGAAGCUUGUGCUCCGAGUCCUUUCUAUUGGCUUGUCACACUUGUGGUUGUCGUUGCCACUUUGUUACCAUACGUUACGCACAGGGCAUUUCAAACAGAGUUCUAUCCUAUGUAUCAUGAUCAGAUUCAAAGGAAUCGAUUCGAAAGUUUAAACAGUGACUUUGCUGAGGAGUCCAGUGAUAGAGGCAAACAAAAAGUACAUCUUUAAGAAUAGUUUGUAGUUUGUCACAUUACAUAAAUGACUGUUCAAUUUGUAAAGUUAAUUAAGUUGUGUAAAGUAGAUAUAUUUAACAAUAAUGAGUGAAUGGGGCUAGGAAAGUAGAAACUAACGUUUUGAGGUGUCAUUUUUGGGGUGAAAUUUAUUAUCAUUGUAACAUUCUAAAAACAUCCCCUUUGGUAAAGGAUUUGAUUAAGCUA